CGCAUAUUUUUUAUUUUUAUUUUAUUAUUACCACUUUAAACACUACUUUGUAUAGACCACAACGCACAACUGCACACCAACUUUUUAUUAUUUUUAUUUAACAUGUCUCAUUUUAGCCAUCUUCCAUUUGUCGUACUUGAUAAAAUUAUACGCGAGGUCGUAGACGUUGACCAACAAAACCUCGAUAAGUGGGUAAGCAGUCUUGCGUUAUUAGGCGUUUGCCACGAAUGGAGAAAAGCAGCAUCAGAUUUGGUCUAUCGUAACGCAAUUCUGUAUGGAAACAACGAGCACAGCAUUGGUUUGUUGAGCAUUCAGAAGACAAACAUAUUGGGGACAAGCUGGUCAACACAAACAUCGGGUUAAUCAAGUCUACUGGAAACACACAUCUAGUGAAAACCCUGUCCAUCAAAAUAAACUAUCCUCAGUACUAUCGCUCGCUAGUCAACGAAAUUAAUGAUGUAUUUUCGUUUGGACAGUUUAAUU